AUGUUAGACGCUCACAUACGAUUGAAAUAUUCCACCCAAUUUGCGAAAAAUACUUUGACCAUAGAUAAUUCUGUUAUUGAUGAUAAGGAAUAUUUUAAGAUGUUUAUCAAGAAAGUUCAGGAAUUAUUUGAAAAUAGAAGUUUUAAAAAUAUUAUUGAAAAGAUAUCUAAUAAUUCAACAGAUAUCUUUGAACCUGUUGGUAAUUUGAAUGCGAAUCAACCAUUUCUUAUAAUUAGUGAUUUCACUCAAGCGGCCAUGCAGCAAGAUGUAAAUAUAGACAAAAUUUUACAAGAGCAUUUAUUAAGGGCAGAAUUUGAAUUUUUAGAGCAAAGGGAUAUAUUAAGAAAAGUUGAUGGUGGCCCAAAGAUUUCAGAAUGA